AUGACAAGCUGCACGGAAUCUGUGUUUCCAGUUUCCGAGGUCAAGUCAGACCUUGCUUCUGUGAAAUCCCGACAAGAAGAAACUGAUGAGAAGUUUGACGAGCUCCUUGAGCAGAUGCAAAGUAUUAAAUCCGGUACCAAGGGAGAGGAAGGUAAAGUGGAGGCGGUACAAAAAACAGUCGACAAGCUCAUGGAGAAAAUACAUCACAUGGAAGGAAAUGGUGGAGGAAAAGCAGUCUCAGAGAUGAAGUCAGAGCUGACGUCCUUUGGGUUGCAACAGAAAGAAACCGAGACAAAACUUCAAGACAUCUCCUCUAAGGUUGACAGAGCCAUGAAGGCUCUGAAAAUAGACGUUAGCAAUCUGGCUUUGAGGAAACCAGCAUACGGAAGCAGAGACUUGGACCAGUAUUCCAAUCCUAACCAUGUGGUUGAUGGUGACAAGCACGGCAUACGCAUAAGAGAUCAAUGUUUUACCUCCGCUCGAGACCUUGGUGGAUGGUUGACUUGCAGGAUAUCUAUGAUAUCUAUAACGUCACCCUUUACAGACGGACGGACGGUUACGCUUCCAGAUUCCGUGACCUGGAAAUCCUAGUUUCUAAAGAAAACCCCAUGGAGAACAAAAGUUCUCAGCCGAUGACAUGUGCACAAAAGAAAGGACAAUUAUCAAGACCUGAUGUUCUGACCUGCAAACCUUCGACAACGGGUCGAUUUGUGUUGUUGCAGUACAUACCACCAAACAAAGAAAUUCUCACAGUCUGCGAAGUUGAGGUUCGUGGAAAACUCUCC